UCCUCCUAUUUCUCCUCCUCUUCCCCAUGUGUGUAGCCAUUUAUUAUCACCUCGAAGUCGAAGUCGAAGUCGAGUGUAGGAGAGGAGGAGGCGAAGGAGAUCGAGGAGAUCGGUGAGGCUUGGCCAUGGCGGAGAUAUGCUGCGACGUAGCGACCGGGGCGGAGGCGGCGACGAAGGAGCCGUGCGAGGCGAGCUCGCGAGCGGCGCGGCGCCGCAGGAUCGAGAUGCGGCGGUUCAGGUUCGUGGCGGGGGCGGAGGCGAUGGCGCCCGCGGAGGAGUCGAGGAAGAAGCGGCCGAGGGCGGAGGGAGCCGCGUCGAAUCCGGAGGGCUCGGCGAGCGACGGGACGGUCGGGAGCGGAUCGAGCGGGGAUAUGAGCGGGGAUCCUCCCCGCGCGGCGGGAUCGAUCGAGGAGGAGCGUGCUCAUGAGGGAUCGAGGUUCGGGAUGAUCUCCGUGUGCGGACGCAGGAGGGAGAUGGAGGACGCCGUGUCCAUUCGCGCCGAUUUCGUGCGGGGAGGGAGGUUCGAUUUCUUCGGCGUAUUCGACGGCCACGGAUGCUCUCAUGUGGCGAUGUCGUGUAAGGAUCGGAUGCACGAGGUGGUGGGGGAGGAGAUCGAACGGCUGAGAGAGGGGGCUCCGUCACCGACGCAGGGCGGUUGGAGGGAGGCGAUGGAGCGGAGCUUCUCGAGGAUGGACGCGGAGGUGCAGGGGCCGGGCCAGGGAAGCGGAUCCCGGAACCCUCGGUGCCGGUGCGAGCUUCAGACGCGCAAGUGCGACGCCGUGGGCUCAACCGCCGUCGUCGCCGUGGUGGGCCCCACGCGCAUCGUCGUCGCCAACUGCGGCGACUCCCGCGCCGUGCUCUGCCGCAACGGCGUCCCAGUUCCCCUCUCCUCGGACCACAAGCCGGACCGACCGGAUGAGCUGCAGAGGAUCCAGGCGGCGGGCGGGCGGGUGAUUUACUGGGACGGGGCGCGGGUUCUGGGAGUGCUGGCCAUGUCGCGAGCCAUCGGGGACAGCUAUCUGAAGCCGUUCGUGACAUCGGAGCCGGAGGUGACGGUGACGGAGAGGACGGAGGGGGACGAUUACCUGAUACUGGCGAGCGACGGGCUGUGGGACGUGGUCAGUAACGAGAUGGCCUGCGACGUCGUCCGCACGUGCCUGCGGGGCCGGGGCGGCGGCGCUGCUAAUGGGGAGAGGGAGUUGGGAUCGGACCGGGCGUGCGCAGACGCGGCGUUGCUGCUGACGAAACUGGCGCUCGCGAGGCAGAGCGCAGAUAAUAUUAGCGUGCUAGUCGUUGAUCUCAGGAAAAGGGAUUUGUAGCGAAUACUGUUGCAUCACUAGGAUACGGGGAUGAAUGUUUAGAUCCUUCGUUCCUUUUUUUUUUUUUUUUUUUUAAUUUCCCCCCUCUUUCUAAAGUUUUAUUUUUUAUUUUCUUAUUAUUAUACGACGACUUGUUGGUGUAAUCCUUGUAAUUCUAGCAGAAGAAAAGGAAUGAUGCAACUGGGAGCUUCGAAGGACGCUCUAUUACGGUAUCAAAAUCUUAGUAGGGAAAAUUGAAAUUCCUGUGGUAUGAGUAUAGAGCACUGUGAUAAAGCACGAUCAUCUUCUACGCGACCUCAAAGCUUCCGUUGCAGUUCCUGUGCACUCUUCCUGUGCAACAUUUGUUUAUAUUAAUGAACACUGAUGAAGAGAUGCAUUAUGCAAGACGAUUAA